AUUUGUCUCUAACUGGAGGAAUCUCCGCCUGGUGCACUGGGCUACAUCUACCAGAAGGGAUCAAUCACCUCCAUAGAUAUUCAUCAAUCACCAUCCCCAGAGAACAUUGCCCUUUAGCACCAGGUUACUUGACCAUUGUAAAAUGCUUCAACUCACAAACCCAUGCUUUCCCAUCUCAAAAACAUAUUCACCCGCUCCACCGGCCCUCCUUCCGUUCUCCUUGUCAUUGGCAACUUUGGAGCCAUGAUCCACGUUCUUCAUCUCCUACCCGAAGACGGCACCAUACAAGGCUUCGGCCUCACCACCCGACCUACCACCUUCCGCUACCGCGGGUCCAGAGAGCAGACACGCGAACUGAUCGGCACAGUCACACUUUACGUUGGAGAUGGGGAAACCCCCAACAGCUUCCUCGAUGACGUUGAGACACGAUUCCGUAAGCUGCGCGAUAAUGAGCUGCAGAGAAGCAGUAUCGAGGUGACUCAGCUAGUGCAAGACGUCCUCAAGCCCGCGGCACUAAAUGCAAUACAUGAAAGACAGGACCGGGAGCGCUCUAUGCACGCGACGCAGACGUACCCUGUUUAUGUUGUUUACAUUCUACGCCCGAGGUCAGGGAGGAGCAUGACUGAGUUGACGAGCUUUCCUUGAUGGGAUUUGAUUAGUUCUUGAGCGUGCUCAUGAUAUGUGUUGUAGUUGUGAUGUUCGAGAUAAUG